AUGUCAACUGUACCAUCCAAAGUAGAGGGUUCAUUACUGUCAACUUCAACCACGCUUGCUGAAGAAGAGCAAGAAUCAGGUUUAAGAUACGCCGCUUAUGCUAAUAGAUUUAGAACCAUCUUAUUAGCUUCUCAUAGAUAUGUGGCUUAUACUUCUGAUAUUGGUGAAUCAUUCCGUCCCGUGGCUCAUCCUUGGUUAGUUAGAAUGGGGUACGGUGUAUCAUGGUUAUAUAUUUUAGGUGAUGUUCUGUAUUUCUCUUGGAUUGUUAAAUUGAAAUCAGAAGGUCGUUAUACUCCAGGUUUAAAACCUUGGCAUAAUGCUUAUCCUGAAGCUGAUCCUGAAGCAGCUGCUGCUUUUAAAACUCAAAAUCCUUCACUUGUUGAUUCAGAUUGGAGAUUAGUUGCUGUUAAGAGGGGUAUUUUCCAAAGUAUUGCAUCAAUGGGUUUACCAGCUUUUACUAUUCAUAGUGCAGUUAGAUAUUCUUCCAUAUUAUUUAAAAAUUCGGGUAUUAAUGUCUUAAAAACAUAUGGUCCAGUGGCAAUUGGUUUAGGUAUUGUUCCUGUUUUACCUUAUAUCUUUGAUGAACCAGUUGAAGCUGUUGUUGAUUGGGUAUUUGAAAAGGGUGAACACUUAUAUAAAGGUAAGAAGUUUGAAUAG